AUGCCUCGGCAUCGGGCGGAGCGGGGCGCGCGGCGGGCAGGCGGCUCCGCGCGCAGGGAGGGCAGCGGCGCGCUGGACUGGCCCGGCCCGGCCCGGCGCGCCUCUCCGCUCGGCGGGGGACGAAAGGCUCUCCGGGCCCCCCGAGCCCCCCGGGAUUGGAGCGCAGGAGGAGGACCCGCCGCCUCGGGGUCGGAGCGCGGCAGCGCAGGAAACGGCCCCGCCGCAAGCGCGGCAAACGCGGGCGGCGAUCCCCAACGGCAGCGGCAGCGGCAGCAGCGCCACCGCGGGCGGACGGACGGGCGGACGGCCGAGCGCCAGCCCCCCCUCCCCGGCCGGGAGGCUUCGCAAGAUCAGCUGGGGCCGCGGGCCGCCCGCAGGAAUGCUGGGGCUUGUAGUCCGCGCGCGGGGCAGGAGGCGCGCCCCCUCCGUCGGCGGGCAUGCCAAAGGCGGCGCGGGAAGGAGCGCGCCGCCUCGGCUCGUGGCCAGAAGCGCCCGCCGGCUGCGGGGCAGCGAGGAAGCAAUGCCUGCUGGGAGCUCCACUGCUUUGAACAUGGCAUUCAGCCUGAGGUACAGAUGCCCAGUGACAAGACCAUUGGGGGAGAGGACAGAAUCACAGACACAUUCUUCAGUGAGACGGGCGCUGGCAAACAUGUCCCCAGGGCUGUGUCCGUAGACUCGGAACCAACAGUCAUCGAGGAAGUGUGCACAGGAACCUACCACCAGCUCUUCCACCCGGAGCAGCUCAUCAGUGGCAAAGAAGAUACUGCCAACAACUAUGCCCGAGGCCAUUACACCAUUGGCAAAGAGAUCACUGGCUUGGUACUGGACAGGAUCAGGAAACUGGCUGACCAAUGCACAGGUCUCCAGGGCUUCCUGGUCCUCCACAGCUUUCGUGGUGGCACUGGCUCUGGUUUCACUUCCUUGCUGAUGGAGCAUCUGUCAGUUGACUUUGGCAAUAAGUCCAAGCUGCAGUUCUCCAUCUACCCAGCUCCUCAAUUCUCCACCACUGUUGUUGAGUCCUACAACUCCAUCCUGACCACCCACAUGACCUUGGAGCAUUCUGACUGUGCCUUCAUGGUGGACAAUGAGUACCUAUUACGUCUAUGCAUAUUUACUCAGAAGUAA